AAUGGGGCUCCUCGGGCUGCUGGCCAAAGAGCCUGGGCAGAAAUAAAUCUCCCCAGCCAGGGCUCCUUCAGAGCUGCCCUUUGGGGAACGUGCCCCCAGUCUUCCCGAGAGCCCCUCAGCCAGCGCAGCAGGCUCUUCCCUGGAGUUAGGUGUGUGUGGGAGCAUGUUCCUCCCCCGGGAUCCGUGCCGUCAGGUUUGGGGAUAGGACCAAGUUUUCCCAGCACAAGUGAGAAGGACACAGGCACCUCUCCUCUUCCAGGACAAGGGUCAUGGACACAACUUCUCCUGGAAGCCAGCAACUCACCUGCCCCUACCCUGUCCCACACCCCCCUUUCCAGGAAGGAAAGGUAAAACUCAACUCUUGUCACUCCCUGGGGUUUGGGGGAAGAUGCGCGUGACCGCCUGGGCCUGGGGAGACACCUUCCCCUGAAUGAGAAACUGAGGCCUCAGGGGCUGAGCAGAGAACAAGAGGGGCUGGACCUGGAUUGGUUCCAAGAAACAGAAUGCCUGUGGGCGUGCUCGGGGGUGGGGGGGGGGGAUAUAAGCCCUCUUGUCCCAGAAGCAGCCAAGAGGUGAGGGAGGGGUGUGAGUGACACCCAGGAAGACAGCAGAGGCUGAGGAGCUCAGGAGAGGCCGGAACAGCCCUGCAGAUAAGGCUCUGGGCUUUCUCUCCUUUGGGGCCAAAGCCAGAGAAAGCACAGCCAGUUGCAUAAUCCUUCUAUUUGCUCAGAUCUACGUUUUGUCCUGAAGCUCCCUGCCCUGGGAGGUGAUUGAGGAAGGCACUCAGCAAGGACUGGGCAGGGCAGGGAGUCAGCAGGCGAGCAAGGGGCGUGCUGGGUCUUCAGCUUUUUUUCCACCGCUGCCAUCCAGGAGGAUGGAGGCCCUCAAUGAGUCUGCCCAGUUCAACUUCUCCCUGCCUCACAACUUCGGCAAGCGGCCCACCGACUGGGCGCUGAGCGUUAUCCUGGUGAUCAUACUGUUAACCAUCAUGCUCUCGCUGGGCUGCACCAUGGAGUUCAGCAAGAUCAAGGUGCACUUCUGGAAGCCUAAGGGGCUGGCCAUCGCCCUGGUGGCGCAGUACGGCAUCAUGCCCCUCACUGCCUUUGCACUGGGCAAGGUCUUCCAGCUGAACAACGUCGAGGCACUGGCCAUCCUGAUCUGCGGCUGCUCGCCGGGGGGGAACCUCUCCAACGUCUUCACUCUGGCCAUGAAAGGGGACAUGAACCUCAGCAUCGUGAUGACCACCUGCUCUACCUUCUUUGCCCUGGGCAUGAUGCCCCUCCUCCUGUACAUUUACUCCAGGGGCAUCUAUGAUGGGACCCUGAAGGACAAGGUGCCCUAUGGCAACAUCAUGAUAUCACUGAUCCUCAUUCUCAUUCCUUGCACCAUAGGCAUCAUCCUCAAAUCCAAACGGCCACAAUACGUACGUUAUGUCACCAAGGGAGGGAUGAUCCUCCUGCUUUUGUGCAGUGUGGCUGUCGUAGUGCUCUCUGUCCUCAACGUGGGCAAGAGCAUUUUGUUUGUCAUGACACCACACUUGCUGGCCACCUCCUCCCUGAUGCCUUUCAUCGGCUUCCUGCUAGGCUACGUUCUCUCUGCUCUGUUCCGCCUCAACGGACGGUGCAGACGCACUGUCAGCAUGGAGACUGGAUGCCAAAAUAUUCAACUCUGCUCCACCAUCCUCAACGUGACCUUCCCCCCUGAAGUCAUUGGACCACUUUUCUUCUUUCCUCUCCUCUAUAUGAUUUUCCAGCUUGGAGAAGGGCUUCUCCUCAUUGCCAUCUUUCGGUGCCAUGAGAAAAUCAAGCCUUCCAAGCAUAAAACAAAAAUGAUCUACAAAGCUGACACAACUGAAGAAACCAUUCCAACAGCUCUGGGAAAUGGCACCCACAGAGGGGAGGCGUGCCCCCCUUGCACAGCCUAGCCUUCCCCAGUGACCUGGAUUCUGGUCAGAAGGCAAUUCAGAAAGCCAACGUGGCAAACUAUACAGAGAGCAGAAAGAUGAACCACCACCAGUGGGGUCUCUUUCUCUAGCAUUUCCACCAUAAACUAUCAGAAUCAUCAAGCCUUGCGUGGAGGACAAAGUGGGGGUCUACCCCAAAAAGCCUCACCUAUUCCCAGCUUACAACUUGAUACUUGUUUAAAAAAUAAAAGACUUAUUCAAUGACAGCCCUACAAAGGCAGGAACCAAAACUGCCUUUUGCCCUUGCAUCUCUAGAACAGUGCCUGAUAGGCAUAAAAAAGCAAUUUCUGAACUAGUCAAUAAAUGGGUUCUUACCCUAAAAUCAAAUACCCAAAUUCUGUUCCAAGUUUUGUGACCCAAAAGGGAAAUACAAGCUCAGAGUACUGUAGGAUUAACAGACUUCAGAAGUCCUUUCUAACCUUAAAUAUUCAGAUCCCAUUCCUUCCCUUUUGACGUCACUGGAAUUAAAGCUCCUGCGAACAUGACACCAAGUACGCAAAAGCAGACAUAAUAAAAUGCAAAAACACUUGGAUAAGACAAACUCCAAACCUCAGCUAUAAUCAAAUGAAAGAACAUUUUGAAGAACACAAUUCCAGAAGAGAAGGAAAACUUUAAAAAAGAAAAGCCAAAAAAGUACAAAUACCAACAGAGUAGUUUCACUAAUCAUCUGUCCCAUCCCUUCAUUAGGUAUCAGUAGUUUUCACAUUAUGCUCCCUCCAAAUUCAGAGUACUGUAGGCUAUUGCCGAAAUUAGCGGUUGCUAAGU